UAAAUAAAUAAUUAGACACGACGGUAACUGAAGUUUCAAGUCCAAAGUCCCUCCCUUCUCUCCCUCUCUUAACAGAUCUUUGUCUCUUUUCUCCCUAUAAAACCAAUCAAAUCUCUUUCAAAAGAAGAGACAAAAAGGCUUUCAACUUUCUCUUUAGAUCUCUCUACUUUAAGUUGGCUUUGCAUUGCAUUGAAGCGCAUCGUCAGCAGCUUCUUCCUUGAAUCUCUCUCUCGGGCCAACUUCUCGUUAGGGUUUUUUGGUGGUGUUUUUCUUCAACGAAGAGAAGACCUUUUCUCACUUUUUUUCUUGGUAUGGACUAUGAAGUUUGCGAUAGUAGUGAGAUUAACAGUAAUAAACCUUUCAAACAAGAGCAUCAGAAGACUGGUUAUUGUCCUUGGGUGCUCUAUGCAGCAUGGUCAUGCAUGUUUUUAUCUGAAAUAACUACAGGUUCUGCCUCAUAUUCCAAGAUGCAUUUUGACAUGGAGGCCCAAAUACAUCUACUUGAGCAAGAAGCUUACUGUUCUGUCCUGCGCGCUUUUAAAGCUCAAUCCGAUGCCAUUACCUGGGAAAAAGAAGGCUUGAUAACAGAACUUAGGAAAGAACUGAGAGUGUCAGAUGAUGAGCAUAGAGAGCUUCUGACCAAGGUUAAUGCUGAUGAGAUUAUCAGAAAGAUAAGCAGGGACUGGAGACAAGCUGGUGGGAACCAGUCUGCAAGACUUAGUGCAUCUCAUCCUGUUCACAGUCUUUUACCUAGUCCAACUGUGUCAGCAUCCCGCAAGAAACAGAAGACAUCUCAGUUGGGUCAGUCAUUGCCUGGCUUAUCCUCAGCAAAGGCUAUGCAAUAUCCUUCUGCAGUUUCUGCUGGAAAUAGGCAAUUCAAUAACCGUGGCUCAGUUGCUGGCCUUCCUGCAAAUGAACCUGCUGAAGGAGCAACUUUUGAUCCUAUAAUUGGAAGGAAAGUGUGGACGAGAUGGCCUGAAGACAACAACUUCUAUGAGGCUGUAAUCACUGAUUACAAUCCCUCUGAGGGGCGACAUGCUCUGGUUUAUGAUAUAAAUACAGCAAAUGAGACCUGGGAAUGGGUUGACCUCAAAGAGAUAUCUCCAGACGAUAUCAGAUGGGAUGGUGAGGAUCCAGGCAUAUCUUAUCGAGGAGGCCAUGGUUUCCAUGGAGCUAAGAAAUCCUUCAGUCGUGGUGGUCCUGCUCCAGGUCCUGGAAGGGGCCGAGGUUCAAUGAAGGGCCAGUCUAGAAAAGAAUUUUUGCCAUCACAGAAUGGUAAUGCAAAGAAAGUUUCUGAUGAUAUUGAGUUGCUUAACACAGAUACUCUGGUAAAGGAGGUGGAGAGGGUUUUUGAUACAAGUCAUCCUGAUCCUCUCGAGCUUGAGAAGGCAAAGAAGAAGCUGAAGGAGCAUGAACAAGCGCUCAUUGAUGCUAUUGCGAGGCUUGCUGAUGCAUCUGAUGGUGAAAGUGAUGGAGAAAAACCAGUCUCUCAUCAGCAACCAAUGGACCAGCUGUGAGUAUGUUGCAAGCAAUGAUAUUGUGGACACCAUCAGAGUACCAACUCAAAGGCUAGGUUGUAGUAAG